AUGCAAGACUACACCGGGGCACCCACAACUGGUUCAGUUAUAUGCUUUUGUCGUGGGAAUGGUACAAUGGUUCUUGCUUUUGUUUUUGUAAAUCCCAUGUUGUUUUCUUUUGUUCGUGCUGUUGUCCAGUUUAGUGGAUUCUUCCUCUUCCAAAAUCUGCUACCACAACAAAUAAAGAAUAUUUUAGCAGGUGAAGUUUCUGCUAGGAUGGUGUUCUCCUCUUCGUUUUUGUAUGAUACUAAUUCUCCAGCAAGUGAAGUUCCUGCUGACGAGCUUUCACAGUUGCUUCUAGCAAAUUCAGAAUUGAAGUUCUUGAGGGAUCCCCUUGCUGCCGUCCCUACCUAUUUAUACCAGAAAAGCAAAGAAUAG